CUUUUUUUUUAAAAAAAAAUAAAUAAAUUGAGUCGUACUCUAUAGAGAUUUGUCGAGAUUUAUAUAUAUAUACAUAAUUUUUUUAUUUAAUCUUUAAGAACAUAAUGGGUGCAAUACUUAGUCGAGUGUUAGGAAGGCUAUGGGGUGAAAAAGAAGUACGAAUACUUAUUUUAGGUUUAGACGGUGCUGGAAAAACAACAAUACUAUAUCGAUUACAGAUCGGAGAAGUAGUGACAACUAUUCCAACUAUUGGCUUUAAUGUAGAAACUGUAACAUAUAAGAAUAUUAAAUUUCAAGUAUGGGAUCUAGGAGGACAAACAAGUAUAAGGCCAUAUUGGCGCUGUUAUUAUGCAAACACCGACGCAGUUAUAUAUGUUGUAGAUUCGGUAGAUCGUGACCGUAUGAGUACUUCAAAAGAGGAACUUCAUGCAAUGCUUGAUGAGGAAGAAUUACGCGAUGCUGCGUUGUUGGUUUUUGCCAAUAAACAGGAUAUGGUAGGCGCAAUGUCCGCAGCUGAAGUAUCAGAUGCAUUAGGUUUAGGCACAUUAAAGAAUAGACAAUGGAGUAUUUAUAAAACAAGUGCUGUAAAAGGCGAUGGCUUAACGGAAGGAUUAGAUUGGUUGGUCAAUAUUAUUAGAGGCAACGAACAAUAAGAUAUUAAAUAGUAUCAUUCUUGAAAUUCUGAACUUUUUUUAUUACAUCAAUUAGAUUUAUUUUUUUAGUUUUGGAUACUGUAUAAAUUUACUAUUUUGAUUUAAUUAGCUUUUUGGAUAUAAAAAAAAAUAACAUUGCUCAUGGUUAAUAGAAAUUUUUACGUCAUUCUCUUAAAAUUUGUGUACAUUCCUUAAUACUAUAAUAUUGUUUAAUUAAUUAUUUUUUUU